UAGAUAUAUCUACAUAAUAUCUAUCAACGUUAAAGUAUUUUUUUACACUUGCGGUGAAGUGUUUUUCAAGCUGCGUUAUCGAUUAUCCCGUAGACUCGUAGACUGUGACGUAGUUGUAAAGCUGUCGAAAACGUUGGAAAACGUCAAACAUGGCCCUCGCUUGGAAUGAGUCAAAGAAACACAGUGAUCGCGAAAGAUGGAUUUGCAUUUAUCCUGUUUAUAUAAAUAGCAAAAGGACCUUAGCUAAAGGUCGCAAAAUUGCGAAAGAAAAAUGUGUAGAAAAUCCAACGCAUCAAGAGAUUCGUGACGUUCUAGUGGCAGUUGGGUUCAACGUUGGCGUCGAGAGCAAACUGCAUCCACGGGAACGUAGCAAAGAGCUGUUAUAUCGUGGACGUAUUCGUGUGCAAUUGAAAAACGAUGAUGGCACUCCUGUGAAACCUGAGUUUCCUACCAGAGAUUCUGUUCUGGCAUAUGUAGGCACGACCAUUCCAAAAUUGAAAAGUCGUCAAGGAAAACAAUCGACUGGCGAACAAUCCUCUCAGCCAUCAAGUUCAUCGACAAAGAAAGGAAAAGGAAAAGGAAGGAGGUGAUAAAACUAAAUAAAUCGUACUAGAUAUUGCAAAUAUUUUUCACUUAAGACAGUGUACAAAAAGAUAAUACAUCUUACACAAACCUGAUUAAUAGGUUUAAGUUGAAUGUUGCUUACUUAUACAUUCAAAUAUUUAAUACAGUUCUUAAAUACCUGAUAUCAUCGUACUUGGUUGUAUAUUCUUCUGAUAUUUA